UGCAGCAGGCAGCUCGAGCCCUCUGUGCUUUGGUGUGGCUGCGUGCGUGGCGUAUGAGCUCAGCCAAUCAGAGUGAGCCAGGUCACACGGAUGACCAGGAAGAGAAGAUGGCUGCAAGGAAUGGAAAGAAUGGUCUGCUACAAAAAUGGAAGAUUGAUGAAAAACCUGUCAAAAUUGACAAAUGGGAUGGUGCAGCUGUGAAGAAUUCUCUUGACGAUGCAGCUAAAAAGGUACUCAUUGAGAAGUACGGCUAUUUUGAGAACUUCAACCUUGUGGAUGGUCGUCUUUUCAUUUGCACAAUUUCCUGCCUUUUUGCCAUUGUAGCCUUAAUUUGGGACUACCUACAUCCAUUUCCAGAUUCCAAACCGGUCCUAGCAUGCUGUGUUGUUUCAUAUUUUAUAAUGAUGGGCAUCCUAACCUUGUAUACCUCCUACAAAGAGAAAAACAUUUUUCUUAUGGCCGUGCAAAAAGACCCAACUGGCAUGGACCCGGAUCACCUCUGGCAGCUUUCAUCAAGUCUUAAAAGGUUUGAUGAUAAGUACACCCUGAAAGCAUCCUUUACAGAUGGAAAAACCAAGCAGACUAGGUCGACUGAGUUCACAAAGUCAGUUGGUGUAUUUUUUGAUGGAAAUGGAACAUUGGUGAUGGACCAGUAUGAAAAGUGUGUGUCAAAGCUUCAUGACACAUUGGCGAUGGAAAAGAAAACUAAGUAAAUUUCCAAUUGAAACUCUGUACAAGUGCUAACUCUUUAACUGGGAAAGAGUGUGAUUAAAUUGUCAAUUUGUUAGACUUCAGUCAAUAAAUUUGUAUAAAGGUUGUCAUGGUA